UUUAUCCACUCGGCGUCCUCCGGUGAGCAGCUGGAUUCUGGCACGUCACCCGUUGGACUGGAAUUCGGCGCUCGUGUCAUACAUGCUAAUCCACCUGGGAGAGGAUGAGGACUGCACUUCCCUCUUUCUUACUGCACUCUGACCCAUUUUCCAGGCAGCAGUCCUGAGGCGUUUCUGUCCCGGUCGCGUCGCUGUCGGCGGGCUGACAGCAUGAGCCUGGACGGCGCCAACGCGUCCCAGUGGAUCUCUGACACGGUCAGAGCCGUCAGCGCUCUGGAGUCCGACACCUGGCCUCCGCCUGGGCUGGAGGAGAGCACCCUCCAAAUCAAUAACCUGUCGAACUGUCACGGCGCCGACGCACGGUUCAGGAACUGGACUCACCGCGAGGACGGCGGCGGGAGUUAUGGGUCUCAGUGUCCUGUAGGACAGAUGGCAGUGGAGAAGAACUGGGCAGCGCUGCUGAUCUUAGUGGUGAUCGCCGUCACGGUGAUGGGCAACAUCCUGGUGAUCCUGGCCGUGUCCCUGGAGAAGAAGCUGCAGAACGCCACAAACUAUUUCCUGAUGUCGCUGGCAGUCGCCGACAUGCUCCUGGGCAUCCUGGUCAUGCCGGUUUCCAUGGUGACCAUUCUGUACGACUACGGGUGGCCCCUGCCCUCGGACCUUUGUCCCAUCUGGAUCUACCUGGACGUCCUGUUCUCCACGGCGUCCAUCAUGCACCUCUGCGCCAUCUCUCUGGAUCGAUACAUCGGCAUACGAAACCCGAUCCACCACAGCCGCUUCAACUCCCACACCAAAGCUCGCAUCAAGAUCAUGGCAGUGUGGACCAUUUCAGUGGGGAUCUCCAUGCCGAUUCCUGUGCUGGGACUCCGAGACCACUCCAAGGUCUUCAAAGACGGCAGCUGCCUGCUGACAGAUGACAACUUUGUGCUAGUUGGCUCCUUCGUGGCCUUCUUCGUGCCCCUCACCAUCAUGGUCGUCACCUACUUCCUGACCAUCAACGCGCUGCAGAACGAAGCCACGCUCUGUCUGGACCAGCUGGUCCCGCGGCCCAAAUGGAGCACAACAUUCACCUUGAGUUUCUUACCACAAACCUCGCUGUCCUCUGAGAAACUCUUCAGGCGCUCAAUAAGCCGCGAGGCCGGCGGCAGAGGAAGCAGCGGUGGCCUGGGAGGCGCCCGCGGGAGCGUCUCCGGCUCGCUGUUCGGACGCCGUACCAUGCAGUCCAUCAGCAACGAGCAGAAGGCGUCUAAAGUGCUGGGUGUGGUGUUUUUUCUCUUUGUGGUCAUGUGGUGCCCGUUUUUCAUCACCAACGUGCUGGUGGUGGUCUGUGACCCGGCCGUGUGUGACGCAGGACUCAUGGGAAACCUGCUGAACAUUUUCGUGUGGGUGGGAUACCUGUCCUCCGCAGUGAAUCCGCUGGUCUACACCCUGUUCAAUAAAACGUACCGAGCGGCGUUCCUGCGCUACGUCCGCUGCCAGUACCAGCCAGAGAAGAAGCCCCUGCAGCUCAUACUGGUGAACACCAUCCCGCCGCUGGCUUACAGCUCCACCCAGCUGCCCCUGGCCAACAUCGGGAGGCUACGAAACGGAGAGUCGCACUCUAGUGGCGAACUGAAGGACACAGAAAAGUGUAGGUCGGACAAAAGUCAUGGCGACAGGGACGAGAGCCGCGUGUGAGCGCACAUCAGACUGAAAUGAAAGCGAUCCUGGUCUCGUCACACGUGGGAGCGAAGGGUUUGAGGGUCAAAGUGCCAAAGACAAAGUGCCUCCCAGUCAGGAUGUUACAAAAACUGAGCUGAUGGCUUCCCAGACCUGCCACCAAGAUUUAAAACAGAGCUGCUGGGCCUCACCAUGUCAACAGGGUCCAGAUCAGCUCCAUCGAGUCUGACUUUUAUUACAACAAAGACACCUUUUAAUAAGUCUGCGUCCACGAAUCAGUGCUUCAUGGACCGACUCCCAAAACCUCUUUGGUCUUCUGCCACACAGCCAGAAAUUUCAUAUCACUUUGUUUUUCACAUCAUCUUUUGUUUCUGAGAGUCAAAUUUAAAAAUAAGGUGUGUGCUGGAAGGGACAGUCCAUGCAAAUGAUGUGAGACGCUCACGAUUCACCCACUUCGUACCAAACUCUGAGUGAAAGGGUGAACCAAAGGGUGAACCAAAGGGCGAACCAAAGGGUGAACCAAAGGGCGAACCAAAGGGUGAACCAAAGGGUGAACCAAAGCGUGGACACCGCGGUGACCUCAGCUCCCCUUCGCGCUGCUGCCUGGCAUCAGGCAGCCUCUACCUCCCAUCAUUCCUUUGGAUGGAUCAGCAGGGAUUAGACUGGAUUUCCUCCCACUUUAUCAGAUGUCAGAGAUGCAGGAUGCGCCUGACGCUCCGGGACUCCAGAGCCUCCCGGGGGUCGGAUAAAGCUGCCAAACAGGGAAGGAAAAGCUCCUGCUGCUUCUGUGUUUUCUGUUGAAAAUAACAGCAAGACAAAAUAUGAUGUCUGCUCGUAAGAACAUGAAGUCACAGAGACAACGUCAAUAAAUCUAUAUUUGUAUUUUGUGCAGAUAUGUGAAUAAAUAAAUGUGUGUGAUUGAAAUGUUUAGUUGUUUAGCCAUGAUAGGAUGCAGUGUGAGGAUCGUAACACGAGGAGGAUUUAACUGCACAUGUUUCCGUCAUAAGAGUCACACUUUGCACUGCGGGGUUGGCAGACUGUCAGUGAACACAUUUGUUUACCCACAGACACUGAGGCUUUCCUCCAGGCUGCGCCACGUUUCACAGUGCGGCGAUAUGGAUCUGCUGCAGAGGACGGACGAGGGCUGGAUUAGCGUACGUAGGCAGGAAAGGUGUGUUCAGACCAGAGACCAAAGCCAAAGGAAAAACGUGACACAAAUUCAGUGCAGGCAAAGCAAACAAAGACACAAGCGUGUGAGGUUCACUGGUUCACGACGGACUCAGCCUGGUUAAAGUGUGCAGCGCAGGUCGACCCCGAGUCCGCCACAAUCCACAUGAGCACACACAUCGCUAGUUUUAUAUUAGUUUGCAACAUGCUUCAAUGGAAUUACUGUCAACGUGAAAAUAAACCACAUUUUUAAAAGAUUUCCCGCAGAAUCUCCAGGAUAAACGUUGACUCCGUGUAUUUCAAUUAACGACGUGUAUUUCUACUAACCAGGACUCACGUUGAUCAGUGAGUCUCGGUUUGGUCAGUUAUGUUGUGACGAUGC